GAACAGCGAUUUCAGGGUCCAGUGUGCUUUCACUCAAAGGAAAGUGGCCCCAGAGUCUGAGCAGCAAGGCAAUAACAGGAAGCGUGCAGCAGGUAGAGCGCUGUUCGCACCCAGUGGGGCCCUUCUCGACUGCCAGCACUCCUCGCUGCCAAGAGCUGUGGCAGCGUUCCUGCCUGCGAUCUCUGACUGCCAGCCCCCCUGCCAGAACCGUGGCUCCUGCAGCCGGCCACAGACCUGCGUGUGUCGCUCAGGCUUCCAGGGGCCCCGCUGUGAGGAGGUGGCUCCAGAGCAGGUGUACAUCCGAGAUGGAGGUGCCCUGAGGCGCGUUCAACCCGGGACCAACCCUUUCCAGAGAGACCAACCGCGGAGAAGGCCAUCAGAGAGGCAGGCCAUUGACACCGCCAAGGUCCAGACCCCACGACCUGCGACCACAAGACAGCCUGUGACCCAAGUGAGACGGGGACCCCCUGACUCCUCCCCUCAGCAGACUGGGACCUCCCGCACUGUGAAACGAUAUCCAUCAUCCUCUGGGCCUAUAACCUCCAACGCUCUACCCAGUGGCAAUGGCUACGCAAACGGACACAGCAGUGAACACAGGAACUGGCAUGGAUACAGGAACGGGCAUGGCUAUAACACCCACAGGCCUACCAGCGACAGCCAGCUGCACGGCCAGUACAACAAUGCAUUAUUACCCCCAGGGGCCAACCUCACCUCCAAUUUGGACCGCAUCAAGAUCGUCUUCACACCCAUGGUGUGCCGCAGGGUGUGCAGCGACGGGCACUGCUACAACAACUGUGAGAAGGGAGACAUCACAACAGUCUACAGUGAGACCUCGCAGCAGCAGCACCAGCAACAGCAACAGCAGCCAAAGAACCAGGGCUUCCGUCUCUAUUUCUGUCAGAUACCCUGUCUUAAUGGAGGGCGAUGUAUCGGCAGGGACCAGUGCUGGUGUCCAUCAAACUCAACAGGGAAGUUUUGCCACCUGCCAGCCCCGACUCCUGCCAGAACUGCCCCUAACAAGGAUGUCAGCUCCCAGGGAUCUAAAUCUCCCUCCCACUCUAUGUACACUCUACCACUGUCUAAUCAGCAAGUGUCUCUCCACCCAUCCUUGGUGAACGUCCACAUUCAGCACCCUCCAGAUGCCGAAAUCCAGAUCCACCAAGUUGCUCGGGUCCAGCCUGGGCAGAGACCGGCGACCACAGAUGGGGCUCACUCUGUCCAGCAGCGCUCCCAGCCUGGAAAUGAACAUGAACCCAUCAAUGAGCAAAGCAGCAGGCAGCCACACACCAGUGGGAAUGGGAAUGGGAAUGGGAAUGGGAAUGGCCACACCAGAUCACAAAACCGUCAGAACGGACACAUUGGAAGAUGCUUUCAGGAAACAUUUGAUGGACAGUGUGGCAAGCCCCUGCCAGGCCUAACCAAACAGGAUGAUUGCUGUGGAAGCGUGGGCGCCUCCUGGGGUCUCAACAAGUGCCAAAAGUGUCCGACCAAACCAGCAUAUGCAGUGAUUGCAAAUGGACAGGUGGAAUGUCCCAAAGGUUUUAAGAGGAUGAAUCUCACACACUGUCAAGACAUCAAUGAGUGCCUGUUGCCCGGACUCUGUAAGAACGCCGAAUGUCUCAACACAAGAGGAAGCUACAGGUGCACGUGUAAACCAGGCUUCAUGUUAGACGCUGACAGGAGCCACUGUGUCUCGGACAAGGCUGUGUCUGACCAGAGGGCGUUCUGCUAUCGAUCAGUGUCAGCAGGCACAUGCUCCCUGCCGCUUGCUCAACACAUCACCAAGCAGAUCUGCUGCUGCAGCCGAGUGGGCAAGGCCUGGGGCCCUGAGUGUGAUCGCUGUCCUUUGCCGGGAUCAGACCAUUUCAAGGAGAUCUGCCCAGCUGGUCACGGGUAUACCUACUCGCGCUCUGAUGUGCAGAUCUCUCUCAGACAGCUGGAGGAUGAUGAUCUGCAGAGCACAGGAGUGUCAUUGGAGGAGCAGAGUCCCACUUACCCUCAGCCUCCAUCCUUUGAGCCCUCACUGUCACUGCCUAGCAGGCCACAUUACCCCAGCUACCCACAGACGCCACAAGUGCCCCAAUACCCCGAGUACCCUGAGACACCUCAAGCACCCCGGGAAACUCUGACUCCACAGCAGCCACAGCAGCCUCUGACACCUGAACAGCCAGAAGAUGUGGAAAUUCUGAUCCCGCCAGCUGUUGCGACUGACUCACCGCUGAAAUAUCCAGAAACUGCUCCAGACUCCUCCAUCAUCUACCAGAGGCCAGAUUUAGAGGAAACAACUCACACAGAAUCAGCCACAGGUAUUGACAAGUGUGCCACCACCCCCGGCAUCUGCGGCCAUGGGAAAUGCAUCCCUGUGCAGACUGGCUACACCUGCCACUGUGAGCCAGGAUUCAAGCUCAGUGCACUGCAGACCAACUGCAUUGAUGUGAACGAGUGUGACGAGAACCCAUGUGAAGGGAAGGGCCGCUGCAUAAACAGCUAUGGCUCCUACACCUGUCAGUGCCACAGCGGCUACAGCCAGGUGAUCACCCAGAACAGGAAGUUCUGUCAAGAUAUUAAUGAGUGCAGCAUGCCCAACAAGUGCCAGAACGGCAUAUGCGUCAACACAGAAGGAUCUUACACCUGUGAAUGCAACAGCGGCUACGCCAAGUCCUGGAGAGGCCAGUGCGAAGAUGUAGAUGAGUGCAGGGAUCCCAGCUCCUGUCCCAACGGUGUCUGCGUCAACACUCCUGGCUCCUUCCAGUGCCAGGCCUGCGGCCCAGGGUUCAGGCCCGUUGAUGAAAGAUGUGUGGAUGUAAACGAGUGCUUGAACCAAACCGUGUGUGGUCGUGGUAGGUGUGUCAACACUGAGGGCUCCUAUAGGUGCAACUGUUUCCAGGGAUAUGAACUCUCACCAGACAACGUUUGCCAAGAUGUGGAUGAAUGUAUGCUCCCCGGAGUCUGCCUCAACGGCCGCUGUGUCAAUCUGGACGGCACCCACACAUGUACCUGUAACCAUGGUUACCAUGUCACCUCAGACAGCGAAGCCUGUGAAGAUGUCAACGAGUGCGCAACUGGUAAUGUAUGCCCUGCGGGAAUUUGCAUCAACACAGCAGGUUCCUACACUUGCCAGAACUGCAGGCCUGGGUUUGAACCCUCUGCUGAUGGACUGAGAUGUGAAGAUGUGAAUGAGUGCGCCCAGGGUGACUUGUGUCUCGGUGGCGUGUGCGCCAACACGGAGGGAUCCUACACCUGCACCAGAUGUAAGGCCGGCUACAGAGUGUCUCAAGACCGUCAGAGGUGUGAAGAUAUUGACGAGUGCCAGUCCCUGUCUACCUGUGCCAACGGGAUCUGUCUAAACUCGGAAGGCUCUUACACCUGUGAGAAUUGUCCUACAGGGUACAAAGUAUCAUAUGACGGGGAGCUCUGUGAAGAUAUCGAUGAGUGUGCACUGCCCACGACAUGCCCCCAGGGAACAUGUACAAACACAGAUGGCUCCUUCACGUGUAUUGUCUGUCAGCCUGGUUUCAGAGUCUCUGAGGAUGGACAACAGUGUGAUGAUGUGGAUGAGUGCUUGGUGGCUAACGUGUGCCCGCGCCAGCUGUGCUUGAACACCCCAGGAUCGUACACCUGCAGGAGCUGUGAAGCCGGCCUGCAACUGUCUGAGGAUGGUUACGGCUGUGAAGACAUUGACGAGUGCCAGACCCCAGGUGUGUGCCCCACGGGUGUUUGCACCAACACAGAGGGCUCCUUCUCCUGCAUGGCCUGUGACCGUGGCUUCACAGUGGCACCCAACGGGCUCUCAUGCCAAGAUGUGAAUGAGUGUGAGGACACCAGCCUGUGUGUGGCAGGCCAGUGCACCAACACCAUCGGUUCCUAUAGCUGCACCUGCCCAGCUGGUAUGGAGCUGGUGGACAGGACGUCCUGCAGAGAUAUCGAUGAGUGUUUAACUGUGGUGGGGAUCUGUGGAGAAGGACAGUGUGUGAACAAUGAGGGCUCCUACACGUGCAACUGUCCUGAUGGAUAUACCACCACCGAUGGAAAGACCGGCUGCCAAGAUGUGGAUGAAUGCAGUAAAGACAACGUGUGCGUCCGAGGCGAGUGUCUCAACACCGAUGGCUCUUUCUUGUGCCUGUGUGAAGCUGGCUUCAAGUUCAACGCUGACACAGCUGACUGUGAAGUCCAUCGGUGCAGCGACUCCGAUGGCAUGCCCAUCCUAUCCUGGUGCAGCUGCUGUGGAACGUGGCGUACCUCCAGCUGGCAGGCACCCCCUCCGCCCGCACCCCCGGUGUCUCCCCGGAGAUCGCCGGGUGGCCGGGUGUCCCCCACUCUGGUCAUGACGGGGCACGUUCCUGUGCCGCGUCACAGUGACCCCUGCAAGUGGGCAGUGGUUGGACAGCAGGGCAAGGCUGGAACAUCUCCGGUGGGACAGUCUGUCAUCCCGUCCAACCCUGUGUGGUUCAGCAGUGGCAUGUUGGACGCCAUGGAGAAGGUUUCCCCUUCUUCUGGCUCUGGCUGGCCUGCUGAUCCGCCAGCCGGCCAGACCUUCCGUGUGAAGCGUCAGCCGAAAGGUGUUGCCACAACGCGCAGAGGACGAAAGCAGGUUCCAGCAACACCUCUGCCUGCCCCUGUGACCGAGUCUGCCUCCAAGCCCAGCCCAGCAGUCCAGGAGGUGCAGAUCACAGCCCAGCCGUCUGUGGAGGUGGUGGAGGAGGUUGCUGCAGCGUGCCUUGCCGUGCCGAUGGAGUCCGCCGUCCAGGAGGGAACCCGGAUGCCACAGAGGAUCGACACAGAUAAGGAUGUUUUUGUUCCUUUUGUCUCUGCUGCAGUGUCACUGAGAACUGACUCAGACCUCAAACCUGAAGGCUUUGAGCUGUUUGAACAGUUCCAUGAUGAUGGAAGUGUGACAUUUAGUGACGGGUCAGUACAUGCGGUUAAGGACGUGGUGAAGGAUAAUAGAGCAGUGUUUGAUGUAGAUUGUCCAGAUUUAGAGCUUGCGCAGGAGAUUGCAGAGCAGCAUGGCGUAGAUGAGGAGGAUGCUUGGGGGGAGCUGUGUCCUGAACAGGAAGUUGAACGCCUUGAGUGUUUAGAUGAGAUAAGGCAGCAGCAGGGAUCUGAGAUAGUAGAGGAGCAGUUACAAGAACGUCUGGAGAAUGUGCCAGAUUUGGUUGUUGGUAGAAGACAGACGUCGCGUCCCAGUGGCUCCAAGGACUACAUACCCGUGGCAUUGACCUCCCACAUCAUGAAGACCCUGGAGAGAUUCAUCUUGGAGCAGCUCCGGCCCAUGGUCAAGCCACUUUUGGACCCCCUCCAGUUCGCCUAUCAGCCCCGACUUGGAGUUGAGGACACCAUUAUCUACCUGCUCAACCGUGUCUACGCCCAUUUGGAUAAGCCGGCAAGCACUGAGGUUGCUCAUGAACAGUCGCUCCAGAUCGCCUCACUCACGGCGGCCCUCCAGUACACAGUGCACUGGGAUCCCAGCGCUUGGCCUCCACUGUCCUCCAGCUCAACACCGAGUCGCUGGUGGUCUUGGGUGGAGGUGGUCAGCAGGGGUAAAAGAGGCCCUGGCUGUGCUGCCUCACCUCCGCGCCUCAGCCUGUCAAACCGCUACAGCGCCCUGGCAUCGGACGGAGAUCCAGACGCUGGCACUGCAGACGCUGCCGCUGCAGCUCCCGGUCACGCAGCAUGGACCGUCCACCUGCCUCAUCGGUCCCCUGCCAACACUGUCCCACGGGGCAGAACGCUUCAGUCGGCUACUCUCCCUCAAUUCAUGGGUCCUGGCUGCCUGUAG